AUGUUGCGUUAUGAAAAGAAAAGCAUCACAGCCGACGACACCAUCUUCCAUCAACCCACUUAUUCACCUCUUCAAAAACAGCUGAACCAACUCUUUCUUUCGAACAAAGAAGUGAAUGCCAAAUUAACAUUCUCCUCUCAAAGUGAAUCCGAAAGGAGAGAAAUUCCAAUCCAUACGAACAUCGUAAAUCUUAAAACUGAUUGGUUUGCAGCUGCAUUAGAUCGUUGGAGUGAGGAUGGAAAAGAGUGUUCCAUGUAUGAUGAACCCUAUGAUUUGAUGCUUCGAUGUAUUCGUUUUAUUUACAUUGGCACUAUUUAUUUGGAGAAUGAAGUUCAUCUUCCCAUGAGUGAUUUAGUGGCAAUUUGUUCACUCGCAGACAAGUAUUUCAUUGAGGGUCUGUACGAGCAUGUCGAGCAACAUGUGAUGGAAGUUAUGAAUGUUGACAAUGUUAUUGAAGCGUGUAAAUAUUUGGUGAUGCAUUCAAUGGAAGAAGACAACAAGAGGGGGAAACUGUACAAGUUCUGUCAGGAGUUUUUACAACAUAAUCAUACCUUAAUUAAUGUUAAUUCACUUCCUAAUGACGAAGGGACUGCCUGUCUCUUGAAAUUUAUGUGGAAUAAUAGUCGUCGUUAA